GGAUAGACGCUACAAGAUCAUUGGGGGUAUUGCAAAGGGAAUUCUGUAUUUGCACGAAGAAUCUCGACUCAAGAUCAUUCAUCGUGAUCUCAAAGCUAGUAAUGUGCUGUUAGAUGGAGAAAUGAACCCCAAAAUUGCAGAUUUUGGGAUGGCAAGAUUAUUUAAACCAGAUGAAACUCAAGGAAACACAAGCAAGAUCGUCGGAACUUAUGGAUAUAUGUCACCUGAAUACGCAAUGCACGGGCAAUACUCCGUCAAGUCAGAUGUGUUUAGUUUCGGAGUGCUGGUUCUGGAAAUCGUGAGUGGUCGAAGAAAUGUUUGUAUCCAAAAUGGGGAUAAUGUGGAGGACCUCUUGACUCUUACAUGGAAAAACUGGCGAGAAGGGACGGCAACAAGUAUGGUAGAUCCUGCGCUGAUGAAUGGCGCUGGUUCUGUGCGCGACAUGAUGAGAUGCAUUCACAUGGGACUGUUGUGUGUCCAAGAAAAUCCUGCAAACAGGCCAACAAUGGCUACCGUUGGUCUAAUGCUCAGUAGCUCAACAAUGACCCUGCCGGUACCUGCUGAGCCUGCGUUUUAUAUGGCUAGCCGUUAUGGUCCCAUGGAUUCAACGAAUCAGAAUUCAAAAGAUUCGACCUCGCUUAAGUUUGGAACGGUUGCAUCUGAAGGCUCGGCAUCUGUAAAUGAUGUUUCAGUCACCGAGCUAUAUCCUCGUUGAUUUUGUCUUCCUGCCAAGGUUUGUGCUUUCCUCGACACAAAAAUUAUGCAUGUAAUUUUGUUAUGUUUUCUCUUUUAUCCGUGUAUGUGAGCUAGAACGUUUGAAAUAAUAAAGCUGUGUAGAUAAUAUAAUGCUGUAAACAGGUAAAUUCGGAGGGACUAUGGUUUCAACUUCUGUAACACUAGAUGUAAUAGGAUUAUUGUUGUGUUGCAUGAAUUUCUAUAAAUACUAUUUAUAAAGAAAUUAUAGAUGAUUUUUGUAAUAA